ACCCCUGACCUCAUCCUCACUAUAGAAAAAAGGCAGCAGGCGCAACCCGCCAUCGUCUUCUUCAAUCACGCCACACCACACCAUUCACCACCAGCAAUGGACCGUAUCCCUUACGCUACACCUGAUCUCGGUGGCGAUGAAGACGGACGCAUGUUCGGCCCGCGUUAUACCGGCGCCUACAACCCUUACGGUACGGCGUACGAAAUCCCUGGCCAAGCGGCGGGGUCCCCUUCUGCUGACUCCCACGGCCGCGGGUACAAGGUGAGGGCUACAGCGGAGGGCAUGCACCUGGCGGUGUACAUGCCGGGAGUGAAGAAGGAGAACGCAAGGGUGUGGGCCGAGAACGACGAGCUGCAUAUCGUGGGCAAGAAGAAAGAUUUCGAGGACGAAGAAGAGAUCUCCCUGGGCUACCGCAUCGGAAAUGUGCCGGCGACCGUGUGCAAGCUGAGGGAGAUCACUGCGGAGAUGAAGGAUGGGCUUCUCAAGAUCUUCAUUCCCAGGAUCCACCAGGUCGAGGAGGAAGCCAAUGAUGGCUGGCGCGUGCCUGUUGAGUGAUAUGAAGGACGGUAUUUCUUUUUUUUUUUUCUGAUGUGAAAGUUAUUUUAAAGAAUUUGGCAGUGAAGAAUUUGGCACGAUGAGUAGGAUAUUCUGUUCUGUUGGUUACCUUGAUUUGUUUCUGAUUAUUGUUGUUUAAUAUUUGUUUUUAGUUUAUUAAUUCUCUCCUAAUUUUAU